GUAAGGCAUUUAACUUAACGACCAAUAUAACCAAUAUUUUCCCGUCUCGUAGAAGACACCAAGUGUAACCAUGUUGGCAUCAACAAAUGUGCAUAUUAUAACCGAAUUAACUUCCGGGUGUGCUUAAAAUGAGGAAUUGUGCUGUGUUCCUUUUGUGUUUGGUCACUGUGAAGACAGAAGUGUACGCCUGUGAUGAUGAGGAACUGUCCAGACAUCUUUAUAUCGCAACACUCCAGGAAAACUGUUAUCAAAACGCCACCUCUUGUCAGUCCACCUGCACUUCCGGUCAUGUGUUAGAAAACGGAAGUCAGACGACGAUUCACGUCUGUAACGGUACCUCAUGGAUCCCGAACACGGUUACGUGUCUGCCUGCAAAGACUCCAGUGAUGACGACAAACUUUACCAUCGUGUAUGUGACAGAGGACCAGCCAGCCGGAAACUGUCUCUACGGUUUUAACGUCAGAAUGUGGAAGAGUAUCAGCAGCUUCCGGAAUGCUAUUCGUUCGACAUGCGGAGAGCUGGAGACCGGAUCUAUUUCAAUUGAAAAUUUGGAACUUUCACCUUUGGCUUUUCAGGUUAAUGUUGUAUUCCACGUCAAAUUCUCAGGAGAAGGUACCGAGACAUCCCGCGAUAUCUGCAUGGAUAUGAUUGAAAUCAUAUCUAACGGGAAUCAGAACUAUCUAAAACCUUUCUCCAACAUUUCCUGCGGUGCUUCGCACAGCGCAGUAACAAAAAAGCAGACGACAAGGAGCGCCGCCUUUGAGUACAACUGUACCGAGAUGUUGGGUUCACAGCCGUUGGCGAGUUCAGGGGGUGUUCGAUGUGUUCAUUGCUUUCCUGGAAAUUACCUAAACUCGACCCGAUGUAAGCCCUGCCUCCAAGGAACGUAUCAGGCAGUUCCGGGUCAGCUGACCUGUGACGUAUGUCCAACCGGAAAACACGUCACAGAGGACAGAACUAAAUGUCUAGAUUCGGUGUGUGUUUCUACUUUCCUUUCCCAGAAGACCCAAAAUAUUGAUUUAACGUGUACCUCUGAGAAUCAAAUGUGUAUGUCCACCUGCUCGGGUGGGUACAUACAAGAUGACGGGGGACUUUCUACAGUGUAUAACUGCAGCGGAGAAGGAUGGUUUCCUCCUCUUAAGAGUUGUAUAAAAUAUGAAUAUUCCACAUACAACGUUGACCUAGAAGCUGUCUAUACGACCAACGACGCAGUGGCGGCCACAUGUUUAAGUCAAUUCCAAGCCUUUACUUCUGCUCACAGAGAUUACUUCCAAACAAAUAUAUCUACCUCCUGUAGCGAACUUCAUGACGGAAAUGUGACCAUUGAAAAUAUAACUAUUGGAUCAAUCGCAUUCCAAAUAAAGAUGACAUUUCAUCUGAAAUUUUAUGGAUCAUGGCCAACAAAAAUAAUGGAUGUGUGCAUGGACAUAAUAAAAAUUACUUUUCAAAGUCGGACGACUUAUCUCCAUCCAUACACAGUCCUACAAUGCACGGACGGGCGAACCAAUGUGACCAAAGUAUCGGCACAAAGAUCCGGCGAUGUGCUAAACUGUCCGGAUGGACGGCUCGUCAUCAACUCCACAGAGGCGUCCUACUGCAUUCCAUGUUCAGCUGGGACAUUUCAAAAUGAUUUGAUAUGCUUACCGUGUCCCAAUGGAACUUAUCAACCAAUUAUUGGCCAAACCUUUUGUCAAAACUGCUCUGAUUGGACAAAAGUAAACGAGGACCGCACUGAAUGUCGACUAGAAGAAAUCACAACUUUGGGUAAUAUAUCUUACGCUGGGUCCUCGCCACCAACGGAAGUGACGUUAUUACCAAAUGUCACAGAGCAAUCAACGGAAUUGACUACAACAGAGCAGACCAUAACAACUGAUUUAGCAGAGACAAAGGAAACGACACAAAACGUCUUGACGUCAAUUUCGACAAUAUUGUCAACGUCUGUGUCUUUGAAAACAACGGUUGUUACCAUAGAAACGACUGAAACAUCGACAGAGAAAUCCACGAGCUCUUCACCGACUACCACAGCACUGCGGACUACCAAAGGUUAUACAAUUCCUUGUGGUUUGGACCAACUUUCCUCAGCCAUUCCAAACUCAAAAUACACGUGCGCUGCACACAACCAAACCUGUACGGUAGAGUGUAGCAGUGGAUACGUCACCAGUGAGGGGGAGGCGUCUGUAGAGUACAGGUGUGAGGGCGAUGUGUGGACUCCAAACCGGAAACUCUGUCUAGAAUACGAUAUUCCCUUUACAACAAGCGCCCUCUACACGACUUACAGCACUGUGGACCAAGUAGCUUUGUCCUGUCUUCAAGAUUUCCGAGAAAUCACAGAAAGAAACAAGGACCUAUUUCAGAAGACCAUCACAGACUACUGUGGGGAUUUGGGUAUAAACGCUGGGGGUUUGAAGAUCGAAAACAUCACAUCAAUUUCACUCCCGUUUCAAAUAACAAAUACAAUACUGAUUACGUUCUACGAAGAAAGCGUUGACGUCCGUGAGGUUUGUCUUGACUAUAUCACGCUGAUAUUUCUUCGCGUUCCUUCUCUACUCAUGCCGUACUCUCGACUCAACUGUACUUCGGGGUUAUCCGACGUUACCAAAGUGUCCGCCAGUCACGGCAGUCCGUCCUAUAGCUGUAAUAACAGGACAUAUCUGGUGAACAGGACAAGCCAAGUAUAUUGUGUUCCCUGUGCCCCCGGAAUGUACAUGGUAUCCUCUCAAUGUGUCCCUUGUCCUGAAGGUCAUUAUCAACCACUUCCGGGUCAGCUCACAUGUGAACCAUGCACUGAAAACAGGACGGUGGUGGACAGUGGUACAAACUGUACAGGUUAUACAAUUCCUUGUGAUUUGGACCAACUUUCCUCAGCCAUUCCAAACUCAAAAUACACGUGCGCUGCACACAACCAAACCUGUACGGUAGAGUGUAGCAGUGGAUACGUCACCAGUGAGGGGGAGGCGUCUGUAGAGUACAGGUGUGAGGGCGAUGUGUGGACUCCAAACCGGAAAAUCUGUCUGGAAUACGAUAUUCCCUUUACAACAAGCGCCCUCUACACGACUUACAGCACUGUGGACCAAGUAGCCUUGUCCUGUCUUCAAGAUUUCCGAGAAAUCACAGAAAGAAACAAGGACCUAUUUCAGAAGACCAUCACAGACUACUGUGGGGAUUUGGGUAUAAACGCUGGGGGUUUGAAGAUCAAAAACAUCACAUCAAUUUCACUCCCGUUUCAAAUAACAAAUACAAUACUGAUUACGUUCUACGAAGAAAGCGUUGACGUCCGUGAGGUUUGUCUUGACUAUAUCACGCUGAUAUAUCUUCACGUUCCUUCUCUACUCAUGCCGUACUCUCGACUCAACUGUACCUCAGGGUUAUCCGACGUUACCAAAGUGUCCGCCAGUCACGGCAGUCCGUCCUAUAGCUGUAAUAACAGGACAUAUCUGGUGAACAGGACAAGCCAUGUAUAUUGUGUUCCCUGUGCCCCCGGAAUGUACAUGGUAUCCUCUCAAUGUGUCCCUUGUCCUGAAGGUCAUUAUCAACCUCUUCCGGGUCAGCUCACAUGUGAACCAUGCACUGAAAACAGGACGGUGGUGGACAGUGGUACAAACUGUACAGGUUAUACAAUUCCCUGUGAUUUGGACCAACUUUCCUCAUCCAUUCCAAACUCAAAAUACACGUGCGCUGCACACAACCAAACCUGUACGGUUGAGUGUAGCAGUGGAUACGUCACCAGUGAGGGGGAGGCGUCUGUAGAGUACAGGUGUGAGGGCGAUGUGUGGACUCCAAACCGGAAAAUCUGUCUGGAAUACGAUAUUCCCUUUACAACAAGCGCCCUCUACACGACUUACAGCACUGUGGACCAAGUAGCCUUGUCCUGUCUUCAAGAUUUCCGAGAAAUCACAGAAAGAAACAAGGAACUAUUUCAGAAAACCAUCACAGACUACUGUGGGGUUUUGGGUAUAAGCGCUGGGGGUUUGAAGAUCGAAAACAUCACAUCAAUUUCACUCCCGUUUCAAAUAACAAAUACAAUACUGAUUACGUUCUACGAAGAAAGCGUUGACGUCCGUGAGGUUUGUCUUGACUAUAUCACGCUGAUAUAUCUUCGCGUUCCUUCUCUACUCAUGCCGUACUCUCGACUCAACUGUACCUCGGGGUUAUCCGACGUUACCAAAGUGUCCGCCAGUCAUGGCAGUCCGUCCUAUAGCUGUAAUAACAGGACAUAUCUGGUGAACAGGACAAGCCAAGUAUAUUGUGUUCCCUGUGCCCCCGGAAUGUACAUGGUAUCUUCUCAAUGUGUCCCUUGUCCUGAAGGUCAUUAUCAACCACUUCCGGGUCAGCUCACAUGUGAACCAUGCACUGGAAACAGGACGGUGGUGGACAGUGGUACAAACUGUACAGGUUAUACAAUUCCUUGUGAUUUGGACCAACUUUCCUCAUCCAUUCCAAACUCAAAAUACACGUGCGCUGCACACAACCAAACCUGUACGGUUGAGUGUAGCAGUGGAUACGUCACCAGUGAGGGGGAGGCGUCUGUAGAGUACAGGUGUGAGGGCGAUGUGUGGACUCCAAACCGGAAAAUCUGUCUGGAAUACGAUAUUCCCUUUACAACAAUCGCCCUCUACACGACUUACAGCACUGUGGACCAAGUAGCCUUGUCCUGUCUUCAAGAUUUCCGAGAAAUCACAGAAAGAAACAAGGACCUAUUUCAGAAGACCAUCACAGACUACUGUGGGGAUUUGGGUAUAAGCGCUGGGGGUGUGAAGAUCGAAAACAUCACAUCAAUUUCACUCCCGUUUCAAAUAACAAAUACAAUACUGAUUACGUUCUACGAAGAAAGCCUUGACGUCCGUGAGGUUUGUCUUGACUAUAUCACGCUGAUAUUUCUUCACGUUCCUUCUCUACUCAUGCCGUACUCUCGACUCAACUGUACCUCGGGGUUAUCCGACGUUACCAAAGUGUCCGCCAGUCACGGCAGUCCGUUCUAUAGCUGUAAUAACAGGACAUAUCUGGUGAACAGGACAAGCCAAGUAUAUUGUGUUCCCUGUGCCCCCGGAAUGUACAUGGUAUCCUCUCAAUGUGUCCCUUGUCCUGAAGGUCAUUAUCAACCACUUCCGGGUCAGCUCACAUGUGAACCAUGCACUGAAAACAGGACGGUGGUGGACAGUGGUACAAACUGUACAGUUGAUGAUGAAAAUGAUAUUAACCUCGGAAAAUCACAAGUAGGACCCACAGGCCUAACGGAAACGGAAAUAAUCGUCAUUGCAGCGGUAUCUGUCUGUGUGGUUUUUUUACUUGUUGUUAUAGCAACAGUAUACUACUGCAAGAAGUCUAAAGCAAAGAGAAGAACAUUUCAUGCAGAUGUGUCAGCUGACGCCAAGUCAGCAGACGGUGCGUCAGUCAAAUCGGACGAGUACCUCAGAGGAAGUCAUGAAGAACUGAUUCCAAGUAAAAGUAGUUCCACAAACGAUCCAAACUGGACUUACCAGGACGAAAAAAUCGAAAAAUCCACUUUUGCAAGUGCAAACGAGGCUAAAGCAUUGGACGUCCUUAAUACUAUAAUUGACAUAAACAUCGACAAUGAAGAAUGUAUUACAGCGCAGCCACCUGUUUUCGAGAACGUCCGAGAAGAAAAAUGGCGGCCGUUACGUCAUAAAAAUGAAAGUAAUGUUGCUGACGUCAUUAAUAAGGCUAAAGAGACGGAGCCUGAUAAGGCUCCAUGCAGGACUCUCAGUGAUUAUGACAACUUCCAGAUAUAUGUACCGGAACCGGAAAUGUCAGAUCCGGAUUAAUUAAAUUCUAUGAGAUUAAUUGUGAUAAUGAGAUGCAUGAGAAUAAUCAAAAUUUUUAAAAUUAACAUUAUAUUUAAUUUUGUAGAAUGUAACAUUUUAUCAAUGUAGUAUAUUAUAUUUUAGGAUUUUUAUACUCCGUAUAUUACUUAUAAUUUUUACUUUAUUUCACAUGUUUUUCAAGGAGGACUUAAUUAGCUUUGAUACGAUAAAAAAAUAUA